UUGCGGAAGCUGGGUGACAGCAGCUAACUGGGGGCUUGUCGUCUUCUUCUCUUUCUCUGUGGUUGUGUGUGUGUUUGUGUGUUUCUGAUCCAAAAUGAAUCUACCGAAGGCCCCCGACUCUCUGUGCUUCGACAAAGAUGUUUUUAUGAAGGAUGACUUUGACGUGGACCAGUUUGUGGCGGAGUGUCGGAAGCAGGUCCAGCUGGAGGAGAUGAGGGAGGACCUGGAGCUUUACUACAAGCUGCUGAAAACAGCCAUGGUGGAGCUCAUCAACAAGGACUACGCCGACUUUGUCAACCUCUCCACCAACCUGGUGGGGAUGGAUAAAGCCCUCAAUCAGCUCUCUGUACCGUUGGGACAGUUACGAGAAGAGAUCAUGAGUCUGCGCUCCUGCGUGAGUGAAGUGAUCAUAGCUAUCGACAACCAGCUGUCCAAACAGGAGGAUCUGCAGAAGAAAAAGGUCUAUGUGUUGAGGCUUAUUCAGGUGGUGCGUUCAGUGGAGAAGAUUGAGAAGAUCCUCCACUCGCAGAACUCCAAGGAAUCCACCACUCUGGAAAUCAGCAGUCCUUUGUUAGCAGGUCAGAUCCUGGAGAGGAUAGCUACAGAAUUCAACCAGCUACAAUUCCAUGCUGUACAGAGCAAAGGCAUGCCCCUGCUGGACAAAGUCAGACCUCGUAUCGCAGGGAUCACCUCCAUGCUGCAGCAGUCCCUCGAGGGCCUGCUGAUCCAGGGUCUUCAGACAUCCAAUGUGGACAUAGUGCGUCACUGCCUGAGGACGUAUGCCACCAUAGACAAGACCCGAGAUGCUGAGGCACUGGUGGGACAGGUGCUCGUCAAACCAUACAUGGACCAGGUGAUAGUAGAAGAGGUGGUGAAGUCUAGUCCGAAUGGCCUUCAGUUGAUGUACACCAGACUAGUGGAGUUUGUUCCUCAUCACUGUAGACUGCUGAGAGAGGUGACUGGAGGAGGCAGAUCCAGUGACAAAGCCGACACCGUGCCAGGUUAUGAUUUUAUGGUGAACUCGGUUUGGCCGGAGAUAAUCAAAGGGGUCGAGGAGAGGUUGUCCUACCUCUUCAACCCUGGAAACCCUGACAUAUUCUAUGAGCGCUACAGUGCGAGCAUGGAGUUUGUGCGGAGGUUUGAGCGUCAGUGCAGCUCGCAGGCCAGUGUGAAGAGACUGAGAGUUCAUCCCUCCUAUACCAGUUUCCAAAGCAAAUGGAACCUUCCUGUCUACUUUCAGCUGCGGUACAAGGAGAUAGCAGGGAGUCUGGAGAUUGCCAUCAGUGAUGGACUCGUUGCAGCACCAGCUGGCAGUGCUUACCACCUGCAGGUGUCUGAGGUGUUGGGGUCCUGUCUGACGAGAUGUUGGUCUGACAAGGUCUACCUGUCACUACUGGCCCAUCGCUUCUGGAAGCUCACGCUGCAGCUCUACUCUCGAUACGCCAAGUUUCUCCAUGAGGUGUUGACGAAGAUUCCAGCCCCUGAGGUGACUAAAGAACCAACCAGGCCUCUGCCCAGCUCAGCGUCCUCCACCUCCAGCCGAACCUCGAUGGAAGAUGGCGGCAGUGAGAGUGGGAGUCCUGCAUCUCUGUCCACCAAACAGCUGGUCUACAUCGCUGCUGACAUCCAAAAGCUUCAGGAGCAGAUCCCAGAGUUGUCCGAAAUGGUCCGACAGCGUUUAGAAGCAGUUGGAUUCAAAAACUUUGCGGUUGUGGAAGAUGCUCUGGCGGACUCCAAGGAUUCCCUGUCAAGCAGCUCUCCCACUCUGAACGCCAGGAUGACCCAGCAUCUGACUGAGCGCUCCUGCCGCUUCCUAAAGAGUGCGUCUGAGGUUCCACGACUCUACCGCAGGACCAACAAGGAUGUGCCGGUGCGUGCGUCAGCUUACAUGGACAACGCCUUGCGUCCGUUACAUCAGUUGCUGAUGGACUCGACCGGGCUGGUCACUCCCUCUACUGCACAGGAAUGGCUGCGAGUUGCACUUUGUGAGUGCACACAGAGGUACUAUGAGACCAUCUCAGAGGUGCUGAGCUCAGUGAGAAAGAUGGAGGAGAGUUUGAAGAGACUUAAACAAGCGAGAAAGGGCGCGAGCGCAGCUGUGGCGGCGGGAGCAAACGGUGGACCGACAGACGACACCAAGAUCCGUCUUCAGCUGGCGCUGGACGUGGAAUACCUGGGAGAGCAGAUCCAGAAGAUGGGUCUUCAGCCGACCGACAUCUCCAUGUUUACCCCCCUGAUGGACCUUGUGAAGGAGGCGCGAGAGCUUGCUGAACAGAACCAGUAACACGUUGAUUCCACAGUAACUGGAACCCGGGAACCUGCUGCACUUAUCCCUGCGUUUUUGUGAAGACACUUGUCCCUGUCCAGACCAAAGUCACGGGCUGGUUAAUGAUGGCCAAACCACGAAGAAUGUAGGAUGAUCUGAGAAAAACAUCUUUAUUUAAAGCAGAAUUCAGAGCAUUUUACUUCAGCAUUAGUCCAGCUGUAAAUGACUGUGUGAAAGUGCUGCUGUCUGGAACAUCAUGGCUUCUGCUGCAGGUUUGUGAGUACGAAGGACGUCACAGUGUAGAGUCCAUGAAAGAGAUUCCCAAAAUGACUGGUGUCGGGAAGGAAGAGGAGGAGGGGUGAAGAAGGAGGACUGAAGAUGCACUACUCGACAGAGCUUUCUUUUUCUGAUUUGGUCAGAAAACUCUAAAGAGAUAAUCACACACUAUCGGUUGAAAUUCUGCUACUUGGUGAAGGAUUAAUCUCCAAUAAAGAAGUGUUUUAGUUGUA